UCUGAGAAAGAUAGUAAGAUUACCUGCAAAGAAAACCUAACCCCGUAUUUCAAAGCUUGGGAUCAUAGUAUCAAUAGAGUUCACUUGUCAGAUGUAUGUAUAUAUAAAAAAGAAGAAUAUGUUUUAUUUACUCUAAGAGCUUUUGUUUUCUUAUCAUUUACUUCAAUUAUUAUUUUCUUGAGAUCAUAGUAUCGUAUAGGUUAUUGAAUGUUAACUAUUAACUAUUAACAUAUCAAUUUGACCUUCUGUUAAUAACUAAAAGAAGAACUGUAUUUAGACUGUAUUUAUAGACUGUAUUUAAAACAGCUUGCAACUGUUUUGGAAUUAUGUAACUUGUAGUUGCUCUUUUGAAAACAUAACCUAAUAAGAUUAUAGAAUCAUUAUUAGUGGAGCCUGAAACAUAUCAUGUAUUUUAAAAACACUUGUAAAAGCAGUGAAAUUAUACAAAAUUCCAUAAAAAGUGUGAUUGGAAAGGAAAAAUUCAGUACCGCAAAUGUGUCGGGAUGAGCCAUGUCAACUUGGUAUCGAUGAGGCUGGACGUGGGCCAGUCUUGGGACCCAUGGUUUAUGGGAUUGCCUAUGCACCUUUAUCAGAAAAGCAACUUCUUGUGGAUCUAGGUUGCGCAGACUCCAAGAGUUUGACGGAAGAACAGAGGGACGCAAUUUUCGACAAGAUUUGUAAGCAGCACAAGAUAAUAGGUUGGGCUGUGGAUGUCAUAUCCCCUAACAUUAUCGCGAAUAACAUGUACCGUCGUGUUAAGACCUCCCUGAACGAAGUUUCUAUGAAUUCCGCGAUUGAACUAGCUAAACUGGUAAUUGAAGCUGGCGCGAACAUCACAGAAAUCUAUGUAGACACUGUAGGCGUACCGCAGAAGUACCAGGCCAGGUUGGAACAGAUUUUCCCGGAUAUAAAGAUAACUGUCGCAAAGAAGGCUGAUUCAACGUAUCCUAUCGUCAGUGCUGCCAGUAUUUGCGCUAAAGUUUUGCGCGAUCAUGCUUUGAAAGCUUGGCAAUUUCGCGAAGAGUUGAUAACGACCGAGUACGGCAGCGGAUAUCCGAAUGAUCCGGAGACUAAAAAGUGGUUGUCCGAGAAUGUAGAUCCAGUAUUUGGAUUUCCGCAUAUUGUCAGGUUCAGCUGGUCUACUGCUGAAAAGAUUUUGGAGUCAAAGGCCCUGUCCGUUGAAUGGGAAGAAGUGGAAGACACAGGGAAUCCUGGGGAACAAAAGAUUUCCAAAUUCUUCGCCAAGUCGCCGGUUAAGUCUUGCAAGCCACAGAGUAAGCGACAUCAGUUUUUCACCGAAAGAUGCCUUUCCAGUACUUCCAAAUUAUGAUCUUCUUUGUUUACAAUAUGAAUAGUACAUAGACACGCAAACAUAGUAUCUUAUAAUUAAAAAGUUAUUCUUGGAUAAAA